AUGCAUCCUACAAAUGCCGCUUUGACAGUUUUGGCAUCGUUCGCUCUCGUCAUCGACAUCACGUUUGCUCAAAUCGAUAGCUACGACGUACGAGAGUCUACAAUCGAAGGAGUCCACAAUGCCCUCUACAGCGAUCUUACGUCCUGCCGCAGCCUUGUCGAGUCGUUCAUCGCCCGCAUUGAAGCAUACAACCCCACCAUAAAUGCCAUCAUCACACUGAACCCAAAUGCAUUAUCAAUCGCGGACCAGAAGGAUUAUGCUCUGGCCGCCGGAAAUGCAACCGGGGCUCUGUUCUGCAUCCCAGUGCUAGUGAAGGACAAUUAUGAUACUUCGGACAUGAAUACAACAGGCGGAUGUUUGGACCUCGCAAAUUCACAACCAACAGUCGACGCAGCCGUUGUUACUGCCCUGAAAAACGCUGGCGCCAUCAUCCUAGGCAAAACGAACCUCCACGAACUAGCUUUGGAAGGCUUGACUGUUUCAUCGCUCGGCGGUCAGACGGUCAAUCCCUAUGAUCACACCCGGACCCCAGGUGGCAGCUCCGGAGGCACAGGCGCGGCGGUUGCAGCAUCUUUUGCCGUUUUCGGCACUGGGACAGACACAGUCAAUUCGCUGCGCAGUCCCGCAAGUGCAAAUAGUUUGUUCAGUGUCCGACCUACUAGGGGUUUGAUAUCUCGCGCGGGUAUCAUUCCCAUCUCUUUCACUCAAGAUGCCAUUGGACCAAUUGCUCGGAACGUUGAUGAUCUCGCUGUUGCUCUCACGGUCAUGGCAAGCGUUGGCUACGAUCCUGACGACAAUGCUACAGCCUUGAUACCGUUCAGCUCAGUUGGUCAAGACUACUCUGCUGCGCUCUACGGCGGCUCUCUCAAAGGCAUGCGUUUUGGCCUGGUCGAAGGCUUCUUCAACCGCACAGCUAGCAACGAAACAACACCGGUCAAUCAAGUUUUCAAUGGCGUAAAUGCUACACUUACCAACGCUGGUGCGACCGUCGUCACUAUUACGUCGAAUAUUUUCAACUCCACUGCCAUUAGCAACGCCUUUGAUACCCAGAGAUUCGAGUACCGUCAAGAGAUGGAUACGUACCUAUCACGGGCUUCCCUCCAGGGUACACAUCCAUCAACAUUAGCCGGAUUGUACUCCAGUGGCAAAUACCUCGUGAUACCAAGUCAAUAUUCCUACGUCGACACUUCUCUCGUGUCAUCGACCGACAACAUUACUUACGCAGGCAUUAAACUUGGAAUCCAAAAUCUCACAGUCGCCCUCGAGAAUACGUUCAAGGCCCACUCGCUCGACGCUCUAAUCUACCCCGAGCAAGCCAACCUCGUCGUCAAAACCGGAUCGCCUUCUCAAUCCGGCCGCAACGGCAUCCUAGCCGCGGUCACCGGCUUUCCAGUCGUGACCGUUCCGGCCGGCUUCUCGCCAAGUACCGCGGAUGCGCCGGUAGGGAUCCCGAUCGGUAUGGAGAUCUUGGGCAUGCCGUGGACGGAGGCGAGGCUGUUGAACACGGCGAAAUUGAUCGCAGAGGUGAUGAGAGUGAGGCGGAUGCCGAAAGGUACGGAAGCCGCCGUCGAGAGCGUGCGGUUGGGAGAAGUGCCGAAGAUCGUGCCAGAUACGAGGGAUAUACCUAGGGCUUAUCCGGUUGGGAUCCUGUAG